ACUAGAUCCUAAUAUUUUACUGCCGUGUGUUUUAGAGGUGGAAAAACAAUCCGCUAAAGUUUUUCGGCAACAAUAUCCCGCUGCGGCUGACAUGUGUACAAACCAAAAAAGAGAGAGAGAGAGAAAGAAAAAUAUCGAGAUAGCCUAAGUUGGCAUGAAUGGAAUGGACAAUAACUGUGAAUUGAACUUUCCAGUUCAUUUGAAAAUAUUAUCGCAGUGUGAUUGACAAACGUUGUCCCCGCGCUGCUACUGUUACAAACAAAGGACACGCAGCCGUGAAAAUGUCAGCAAUCGAAAGAGCGAGAGACAAACGGAGAGAAAACGGAGAGACGGAACGGCAUUGGGAGUCCGAUUUUCUACCGAGUGGCCUAAUCGCCACGCGAGCCUAGAUGGAUAGUUAUAUGUGGACGGAUGUGUUGUUUGUCGGUGUUCCUGUAAUGUCUGCGGAAGACACCCGCUGCUACUUUGAGGAACAACCAUCUGGCUGAGUUUAGUGCUCUGUGAUGUUUGGUGCAUCUGUACGGUGAUUUACUGGAAUAUAUUUGUGUUGCGUAACAUGAGGGAUAGCACGCAAGAAUGUUGUUAACAGCAGUCCUUGUGUUCGUUGUGUUGUUAUGCAACGUCGACAUGUCCAACGUCGUGACGACCAGCUCUCUAAUGAUCGACUACGCAUGCCCAGGACGACCGUGUGACUGCAUCUGGCUCAAGGACACAGACGACAUCUACCUGGAAUGCUCGUUCCUGUUUUUCAGCGAGGACUACUUUCGGCGAAUACCAGCAGAAAAGACGUCAUAUCUGUCGUUGACCUGUGUCGAGGAUGACGGAAACUCUCAUCAGUUGUGGGAACACAUGUUCCAGCAUCUCAAAUAUCUGAAAAUGUUAUGGUUUAAAAACUGUAAAAUCAUCGACCUUCCAGAUUUAAUUUUCUCUGGCUUGGAGUCACUACAGGAGCUCAAAAUCGAAGGAGCCACAAUUUCCAGCAUCCACCCAAAGUUCCUGGACUAUUCGCCUGAUCUGAAGCUGUUGUACGUCAUCGGCAGUGGAGUGACAUACAUACCACCACUUUGUUCCAUGCAGAGUCUUCAGGAAUAUAACGUGUCCUACAACAAUCUGAAUAACUUCAACGACUCUGGACUCAACUGUCCCAAGAGGUAUCUGGACAGUCUGAAAGUUAUCGACAUGAGAUACAACAAGGUAUCAGUUAUUCCUUCAAUAAUGGGUCUGUCCUUCCCCAACCUGACCAGACUCACGCUGUCCGACAACUAUCUGCGUAAGAUAGAAUCAGAUUCGCUGAACCGUCUGCAGAAUUUGAUGUGGCUCGACCUCAGCAACAAUUCGCUGACGGAUUUGGCAGCAGACACGCUGCAAAACUGCUCUGAACUGAUACUACUCGCUUUGUCGGACAAUCCACUCGAUGGUCUUCCAGAAAGGAUGAUUGCAAGUCUGAAAAGCUUGGCCGUUUUACAACUUGACAAUCUAAAUGUGAGCGACAGGAUCUGGGAUGAGUUGUCUUCGUUAAGGAAUGUAGAAACUCUUUCGUUGUCUUCAAAUCUCCUCACGAGUAUCGAUUCCGACGUUAUGGCUGACCUAUCCCUUAUCAUGUACUUUAAUAUAUCCAACAACAGGAUAACUAAAAUUUCCAGGAAUGUGUUCAAGAAACAGAUUCGUGCAUUUAUAAUAGAUCUAUCAAAUAACUAUCUCACAGGCAUUCCCAGGCAGACCUUUCGCAAUCAGUUUAGCUGUGAGAUUUUGGAUCUCUCUCACAAUAAUAUCCACUCAAUCGGUAAUGGCGCGUUCUCGGGUCUGAGAAAUAUAAAACUGUUGGAUUUAAGUCACAACAGACUGAAGACCAUGCCUCAGAAUUGUCUUUCAGACAUGGACGGACUUGUCAGUUUAAAUCUUUCAAAUAACUUCUUAACGGAUUUACCUAAUUUUCUUGCAUUUUCCUCGUUAGAAGUCCUGAACUUGCAAAACAAUGACUUGCCUAAGCUCGACAGGACAGCUUUCGUGGGGUUAAGUAAUCUUCGUUGUUUAAACCUGUCAAGAAAUGAUAUUCAACAUUUCCCAACAGGAGUGUUUACAGAUUUAACUCAAGUUGUGGAUCUUGAUCUUGGCUAUAACCAACUGAGCCAUAUCAAAGAUGACUCAUUCCGUGGAUUAGAAGACAUCAAUAACCUAAACCUUAAAUCAAAUAAUAUUACCGAUAUAUCCUUCUCUCUGCGAAAUUUAAACAACCUGGUGAACAUAGAUAUGUCUAAUAACAAGAUUGAGGAAUUAUACAGAGGACAAAUCCCUGAUUCUAUAAUGUAUAUCAACAUGAAUUUGAAUCGACUGAAGUACAUUUCUCCCAAUACCUUCCGAACUAUGUACAGAUUAAGGCGGGUUAUCCUCACUAACAAUGAACUGAGAACACUUCCAAAAAUUUCAGUGGAAGUCAAGCAGGAUUUAAUCCCGCGACCCCAAAUGUUUAUAGCCUGGAAUCGCUUAAGAUGCGACUGUGAAACAAGCUGGCUGAAAGACAUACAAGAUAUGAACAACGUGGAUGAUAACAUGGAUUUUCUGCCUGGUUUCCCAGAUUACCGGGUGCUUUCGUGUGACAGCGUGUACGAUAAAUGGAUGAGCUUUUUCAGAAAGGUUCCCAGGUCUCAUUUUCUGUGCGAAUAUAAAGAAAAAUGUGAUAAUAACUGUCCGUGCUGUGGCUUCGACCACUGCUAUUGUAAGCAUGUGUGUCCUUCGCCGUGUCUGUGUCUUGUCGGCGAUGGACAUCUACCAAUCCAUCGUGUUCACUGCGAGUCUCGAAACCUGACGUCAGUUCCGGUUCACUUGCCACCAGGCGCAACGGAACUGUUGUUAGAAUCCAACAGCAUUGCAGAGAUCCCGAAACAUACCUUUCUGGGACUUGCAAAUGUAGAAGUGCUCUAUUUAAACCACAGUAAUAUAUACUCGUUGGAAAAUGGUUCUUUUGUAGGACUGAAGUCUUUGAAAAGACUGUAUCUGAAUGAUAACUUCUUGAGUGUGAUCUACUUAGCCACAUUUAAGGGUAUUACUCAACUGGAGGAACUAUAUUUGCAGAAUAACCAAAUAGCAUUUAUUGAGACGGGAUCGUUGAGCAGUUUCAGGAACCUACUUAUUGUUUCACUUAAGAACAAUUUCUUGACAUCCGUUGACAUCGAUGAUGUUUCGAUGCUUGUUAAUCAUUCUCUUAUACUGUUGAGUAACAAUAUCUGGACGUGCCAGAUGCCGUUUGUAUGUGAAUUCAAACAAUUCAUCAACCAACACGCCCCAUCAAUUCCAGACGCCAAUAACAUUCGUUGCCAGCUGGAAAGGGAUUAUGAAGCAGGGCCUGCAGUCAUCCCUUUUCUUGACUACAAUGACGAAAUCAUUUGCGUCGAGAACAACACGAUGUUUACAAACAUAUCGUCCAAUAAGGCCGUCCACAUUGGCGAAGUCAAGAGACUUACGGCCAUGAUAGGUAUUUCCAUAGCAACGCUAGUGGUGGUUGUGGCCGUGGUGCUGGUGAUAUGGAAGAAAGAACUACUGCAGGUGUGGUGCUUCUCCAAGUUCGGCUGGCGGAUGCUGGCCAAGGAAACGAAAGACGCAGACGACAAGCGCAUGUACGACGCCUUUGUCUGCUGCAGCAACAAGGACGAAUACUUCGUCAUUCACGAACUGACCCCGAAGCUGGAGAGAGGUCACAAGAGAUUCAAGCUGUGUCUGCACUUCAGAGACUUCACCGUGGGCGAGUCCAUCGCAGAGGCGAUCGUAAACAGCAUCGAGAACAGCAAGAGGACGAUCGUCGUGCUGUCGGACAACUUCCUCGAGUGCGAGUGGUGCAAGUUCGGCUUCCAGACGGCGCACCAGCAGGUGCUGCACGAGCGCAACAACAGGAUGAUCGUGAUUGUGAUGCACGACAUGGACGAGAAGAGACUCGACCCGCAGCUCAAGAUCCACAUGAAGACGAGGACCUACCUCAAAUACAGAGACCCCUGGUUCUGGGAGAAGCUCUUCUUCUCCAUGCCAGAUAUUCCACCUGAGAGGGAGAUCGACCAGGUCCACGGGAACUUCCCUCACCACGAGAGCAUAUCUGGCUUCAGCGCCAACGGGAGGGUCAGUGUUAUUUCGGAGAAUAUCGUCAACGGGUUGUAUGAGGAGCCCCUCCCGAGUUCGGGUGUGUACCAGACGUUAGACAGUGCUUGUGGUAGCAACUCAGAAAACUAUUGUGCUUCCCACUGUAACAGCUCUGGCCAUUACGAAGAGGUGGAGCCGUUGCCGCAUGUCCAUCAUAAUCAUUCUGUCACGGCGACAGCCCCGCCACUACCACUCACCGCUCCACCCCUCCCGCUUCCAAGAAACAGUGUUGCGAGAAAAGUAUCUAUUAAAGACAGACCAGUGUAAGUACGUGGGUCUGUCUGUGUUAUUUAUCACUCUAAGUAAAAACAUUAGUGCUUAAUUUUUAUGCUGAAUUAGACCUUUCAGUCAGAACAUGUAGAAAUACUCAUUGUUUGAAUUGUACAAAUAUUGUACAUAGUACUGCAGAUAUAUUAAAUAAUUAGAUAUUUAUCUGCAUACGUUAUAGUCGUUGACAAAUUGGUAUGGAUAAUAUUCAGCCGAAUCAACUAUGUGCAUCUUGUGUAAAAACGAACUCGAAAAUGCCAUUCUUGUACCCAAAUUGUUUCCUCUAUAAAAAUCACGUGUUUAUAAAGGUCAUGUGCUUGUCUUAUGGGUUUAACCAGAAUGGAUGAAUGUGUUGAACUGUUUGCAUCAGUAACCUCGAUGUUACAAUCUAUAUUCUGUGGAUGCAUGAUAAAACGCGGAUGCGGAUAAAGGAUGUUACGAAAGGUUGUAUGGGUCUUGUGCUGAAAUCGUCAGUAGACUAUAAACACGAAACUGAACUGGCUGGACGAAUGGCAGGAUUCCGUGUGUUCCAAAACCACGAACAUAGGACAGUGAAGAAGAGGUGACUGUGAGUUCCGCGGACUGCGUCAUUUUAUACGUCUUCUGUUCAGUUUUAAAUUAUAAAUCUGUGAUAUUUGUUAUAAAUUAUGAAACAAUAAAGCCCUUCAGUUCGCUUAAUCUUAUCAAUACAAUACAUACAUGUAUGCAAUAAUGAACAAUGAAUUUAGCGGUCUGUUGCUGAGAUUUGGAGAACAUAAAUGUAGUCCCAUGAUGGCACAGAAUAUUUAUUGGACAUCCAUUCUAUAACGUCAUGCUUGUUUGUUUUUUUAAUAAAGGAAGACUUGUGGUGCA